UUAGCUACAUCACACCUGCCACACACACAGAGAGAGAGAGAGAGAGAGAGAAGGGAGUGGUCAUACACAGGGCCAUCAACAGGCAGAAAACAGAACACAAAGAACCUAGGACAAAGUUCUGGACUGAAUCCUCUGUUCAUUCUUUGUGCUGAAUUCUGGAAUCUCAGGAGAUUCUAGAAUUCCUUAAUUUAGUCAUAUCCUCAUUUCUCCAGGUAGAUCAGGUGUAUAAGAGAGACGCCUCCAGGAAGCCAGCAUGUCGAUGGGCAUGGAGAUUGUGGGCAUCGCCCUGGGAGUCAUAGGAUUCAUCCUGGGCAUCGUGGUCUGUGCUUUGCCCAUGUGGAGGGUUUCCGCCUUCAUCGGAGCCAACAUCGUUACAGCCCAGACCAUCUGGGAAGGGUUAUGGAUGAACUGUGUGACCCAGAGCACGGGACAGAUGCAGUGUAAGAUCUAUGACUCCAUGCUGGCCUUACCUCAGGACCUUCAGGCUGCCAGAGCCAUGACUGUCAUCGCCAUUAUCCUGGGGAUUCUAGGGGUGAUGGUCUCCAUCGUCGGAGCCAAGUGCACCAACUGCAUCGAUGACGAAUCCUCCAAAGCUAAAGUCAUGAUCAUCUCCGGAAUCUUCUUCAUCCUGGCCGGUAUCCUCGUCCUCAUCCCUGUCUCCUGGUCGGCCAACACCAUCAUCCGAGACUUCUACAACCCCCUUUUGGUCGAGGCCCGGAGGAGGGAGCUGGGAGCCUCACUCUACAUCGGCUGGGGGUCGGCGGCCCUGCUCCUUAUUGGAGGAGCCAUGCUGUGCUGCUCCUGCCCCCCCAGGGAGGAGAAGAGGUACAAGCCCCCCCGCAUGGCCUACUCCGCCCCUCGCAGCGUGAGUGGGGGCGCAGCGGGAUACGACAAGAAAGACUACGUCUGAGAGGGACUAUUUCACCUGCAUGAUUGAACGAGGGGAGAAAAGAUAGAGGGCGAGAAGAAGAGUGAUAGAGGAGAAGUAGACAGACAGAUAGAUAUAGAUAGAUAGAUAGAUAGAUAGAUAGAUAGAUAGAUAGAUAGAUAGAUAGAUAGAUAGAUAGAUAGAUAGAUAGAUAGAUAGAUAGAUAGAUAGAUAGAUAGAUAGAUAGAUAGAUAGAUAGAUAGAUAGAUAGAUAGAUAGAUAGAUAGAUAGAUAGAUAGAUAGAUAGAUAGAUAGAUAGAUAGAUAGAUAGAUAGAUAGAUAGAUAGAUAGAGAGAUAGAGAGAUAGAUAGAUAGAUAGAUAGGAACAACUAGGAGACAACUCCUACUGAAAAGACUCCGAUAUGAAGGGAUGUGUGUUUUAAUGUUACUGCUUAGCUUUUCCUCCUCUUGGGUGUCUCUGUUCAGCGUCAUUGUUCAGCUUCAUAUAGGCUUGUGUGAAGUUUGGUCGAGGCUGUCAGACCCAGAUGCUGUACAUACAAUCCCAAAGGGGUAGGUUGACUACUGGUAAUGACAGGUUUUAUGAAAUAGUUUCAAUUCUAGUUGUUAUUCACUCAUUUCAAACUUCAGAUGAUAAACCAAAGCCCUUUUGUUUCAGCAAACCGUACAGUUGAAGGGUCUUGGUUUUUAAGUACUUGGGAGAACUGCUUCAGUUACACAGCAUGCGGGCUCAUAUUUCUACUGCAGUAUGGAGGUCCCUAUUGCGUGUGUAGUUUACUGUUGGCGAGGUGGGAUUUUCUUUCACUGAAACGUUCAGUUAAAAGUUUCACUGUGUCUCAUUAACACAGACCAGGAAGGACCAGCACUGUUUUUACGUAGAUUAGGCAAUGAGUUUCAGUAUGUGUGUGCGUGUGUGUGUGUGUGUGUGUGUGUGUGUAUGCGCACAUGCGUGCGUGCGUGCAUCUUUUGCAUGUAUUUGGUUGUGAGAGAUUCUGCCUCAGAUUCUGCUAUCAUAGACUCCUUCCUUUUCACAGUUCCACUCUAUUUGGGCAUUUCUCUGUGUGCGUUUGUGUGUGGUGAAAUAAUAUUUGUCUAGUAAAAAAAUAAAACCAAAUAAUGAAUAGCUUUUUAAAGCUGAAAAUGCUUUUUGUCAGAUUUUUGUCUUGUAAAUAGUAAGACAUGUGUAGUGUCAUUUGUAAAAUGAGACUAUGUAUAGACUAAUUAUAGUUAGGAGAGUGAUGGUAAAGCAGGACCAUUGUCUGAGGUGACGUAUGGAGUCAGUCAGUCUCCUGGUUAACAAAGCAACUGUACGAACUGUUUGGUGAGCAGGGAGUAGUACUGUGUGUGUGUGUGUGUGUGUGUGUGUGUGUGUGUGUGUGUGUGUGUGUGUGUGUGUGUGUGUGUGUGUGUGUGUGUGUGUGGAUUUGUACAUAGAGGGUGAGAGACUACCUAAUAAAAGGCAUGUGUGUCUAAGGUCUUCAUUUUCAACUGCAGGCAAGCAGUCAGGUUUACCUAGAAACGCCCAUAUAACCACAAUGGACAGCUUCAGUUGUUUAUUUGAAAUAAGUCAGCCAUUUUAGUUUUUUAUGUAAAACACAAUGACUAGUUUCAAUACUUAUUGUUUGAUGGAAUGUGUAUCUUGUAAAUUGUCUUUAUAUACGUAUAUGUUAAGACAACAAUGCUUGAAUGAUGUCGUGUUUUACAAUGGUCUGCUUGUCUCUGCAUAUUCAGCUGUCCUUUACUAUGCUUCAAUAAAUGUGAAAAUGUA